GCCAAUUUCAGGGGCAGGUCGGGUUCCCUCCCCGCCCCCUCCUUCUAUUCCUCCUCCUCACCCUUUUCUCUUGGCUCUGUCGGCAGUUUCUCCAGGACCCAGCAGUGUUCUCUGUCCACUGCUCUGGGCCAUUCCCCACCCCGCCCCCACCUUGAGCCCUUUACCUCAGGAUUCAGGACCUAGAGGCCCCUCCCCACCCCAGCUAACCUCCUUCUGGACCAGGAGAGCUGACCCAGAGCCCACUACCUCCAUGAGCGCAACAGACAGGAUGGGGGCCAGAGUGGUGCCGGGUCUGCAGCUGGCACUGCUGCUACUGCUAGUGCUAGGGAUACCCCAGUCAGGGGUUCAGGGGGAGGAAGGGCUGGACUUCCCCCAGUAUGAUGGUGUGGACCGUGUGAUCAAUGUCAACGCAAAGAACUACAAGAAUGUGUUCAAGAAGUAUGAGGUGCUGGCGCUGCUCUAUCAUGAGCCCCCUGAGGAUGACAAAGCCUCACAAAGGCAGUUUGAGAUGGAGGAGCUGAUCCUGGAGUUAGCAGCCCAAGUCCUAGAAGACAAGGGUGUUGGCUUCGGGCUGGUGGACUCUGAGAAGGAUGCAGCUGUGGCCAAGAAACUAGGAUUAAUUGAAGAAGACAGCAUUUAUGUGUUCAAAGGAGAUGAAGUCAUUGAGUAUGAUGGCGAGUUUUCUGCUGACACCCUGGUGGAGUUUUUGCUUGACGUCCUAGAGGAUCCUGUGGAGUUAAUUGAGGGUGAAAAAGAGCUGCAGGCGUUUGAGAAUAUCGAGGAUGAGAACAAACUCAUUGGCUACUUCAAGAACAAAGACUCAGAGCAUUUCAAAGCCUAUGAGGACGCAGCGGAGGAGUUUCAUCCCUACAUCCCCUUCUUCGCCACCUUCGACAGCAAGGUGGCAAAGAAGCUGACCCUGAAGAUGAACGAGAUAGACUUCUAUGAGGCCUUCAUGGAAGAGCCUGUGACCAUCCCAGACAAGCCCAAUACUGAAGAGGAGAUUGUCAGCUUCGUGGUGAAGCACAGGAGAUCAACCCUGAGGAAACUGAAGCCUGAGAGUAUGUAUGAGACCUGGGAGGAUGAUCUGAAUGGAAUCCACAUUGUGGCCUUUGCAGAGGAAGCUGAUCCUGAUGGCUUUGAGUUCUUAGAGACACUGAAGUCUGUGGCCCAAGAGAACACUGACAACCCUGAUCUUAGCGUCAUCUGGAUUGACCCUGAUGACUUCCCCCUGCUGGUCCCAUACUGGGAGAAGACGUUUGACAUCGACUUGUCAGCUCCACAAAUAGGAGUUGUCAACGUCACUGACGCGGAUAGCAUAUGGAUGGAGAUGGACAACGAGGAGGACCUGCCUUCUGCUGAGGAGCUGGAGGACUGGCUGGAGGACGUGCUGGAGGGCGAGAUCAACACAGAGGAUGAUGAUGAGGAGGACGACGAUGAUGAUGAUGAUGACUAGUUAGCUGUGGCAACCGUCUUCCAGCUCCAACUGAUCUUCUCAUGCUCCCUUCUGCCUUCCCUGUCCUUCUUUGAGCUCCUCCAGGGACACUAGGCCAUUCUCUGUCAUAGAGCCCAUUGGGGUCUAUAUGCUGGUGCUGAGACCCUGGUCCCCCUCAUCUGAUGAGGAAAGGAGCUACUUUGCCGUAGACGCCAGCCAAGCCCUCUCAUCUAACGUGUUUCCUGUCUCAUAAUUUACCAACAUCUAUUAUUUGUUUUUUCCAUCACUCUCUACACUCUUUCUCCUGAUUCUCCUCUUGCCAUAUCUACAGGUCCCCUUCUUUCCCGUUCCUUCCACCUAAGCAACCCUUCCCUCACUCUCGCAAAACCUAUCCCUGACUGUCUGAAGGGUAGUGUUUGAGGCUGUAUCACAGCAAUCUCUUGUUAAUGUAUUUGGGUCAAAUGAGGGGCCUCAAUAAAGAGAUCUGGGGCAGAAUGA